AAAAUGAAUUCCCGUGUUUACUCUAAAGAGUUUGUAUUAGAUAUUGAUGUUGGUGAUUUGUCAAAAAUUAACAUUGCUGAAUUUAUUGAUGAAAUUGAAGAUGUAGUUGGAAUUGGUAAUGUGUAUGCUGUGACCAAAUGUAGACCAAACAUUUUACAAGUUUCUAUUGAUUCAAAGGAAAAUGCUAAUAAGCUGUGUGAUGGAUUAAUCGUAAAGGAUACGACAUAUGAGUGCAAAUUCCCAUAUUCGCCAUAUACAAUUGUUUCUUUUAUGGAUAUACCUUCAUAUAUUGAGGAUAUUGUUCUUAUUAAUAAACUCAAAGUUUAUAAUAUCGAAAUCGAAGGUAAGAUAAUAAGACAUUUCUACGAUAAAUACGAGACCAUAGAAAAUGGAAUACGCCACGUCAGAUGUAUUUUCCCCCCAGAAGUCAAAUCCCUCCCAUGGGCCGUGAAGCUUGAGACUAUUCAUGGAAUGAAAAGUUUUCGUGUUAUUCAUAACAAUCAGACGAAAGUGUGCCACAAAUGUCUACAAGACACUCAUAUUAUAGCUAAUUGCCCCAAAAUUGAGUGUAGAAGAUGCCACCAACUAGGUCAUAUGGCUAAUAAUUGCAUGGUGAAAUAUUGUGAUAUUUGCAAAAAAAUAGAUAUUAAGUGUAUUUGU